UAUAGUCCUGUGACAAGCUCAUUAUACAAGCUUUUCAGUUUUCUCUAUUAAAUUCAACUACUAAACUUGAAUUUAUAAACCAAGCUAAGAACAUAUUCCUGUGGUUCUAACAGGCUACACAAUCAAAAUUUGAGACAAAUCAGUCAAGGGGUUCAUGAGAUUAUCAAAGAGAUUUUUAUUUAAUUAUAAACAAGUGUUUGCAGCAACGUUACAGGAUGAAGACGACUUCAGGAUUAAGAACAGCCAUGAGGUUUGUGACUCCUCAUCAGUACUCACAGAGCAGUAAAGCACACUUCACAAUCAACACUAACGCUGUCAACCAGAUGGUUAAGUUCUUCCCUCCUCUCUCAGCUAAAGAUAAGGUUCUAGAUUUUGGGUGCGGGACUGGAGAAACAACAGUAGCACUAGCUGCAGGGGAGCUGGGUAACCUUGGUAAACCUGGCCAGGUUCUAGGAGUAGAUAUAUCCCAGGAAAUGAUAGAUCACUGUAAACUUCUUCACACAACUCCAAACCUAAAGUUCCAACAGCUGGAUGUAGAAACAAGGGUUUGUCAGGCUUUUGCCGCCGAGCAAGAAGGACAAUUCGAUCUUGUAACCUCUUUCUCCUGUCUGCACUGGGUACCCAAUCAGCCCGCUGCAGUCUCGUUUUUUAACAAAGUGUUAAAGAAAGGAGGACUUUUCAACUUUGUUAUUGCUUCCACUCACAAUCCCAGGGACAAUAUUCAGCGUAGUGUUUACGAUUCAAUGAAAUUAAAUGGAAAAUGGGCAAAACUGCUAAAAAACACAAGUUGGCCACAUUUUAAAACAACACACAUAAACAACAGUUGGAUGAGUACUGUAGAUAAACAAGGAUCUGGACCUAUAAUUGAGAAAGAUUUUGUCAAGCUGAUGGAAAGCAACGGGUUUAAGGUUCAAGAGUCCCGUUCUCUUCCCCUUGGAUACGUUCUUCACAAGGAUUUUAUCAAAAAUUACUUCAGAUCAACUAUACUCACAGCUUUUCCAGAAAUACAGGGGGAGGAGAGAAAACUGUUUUUCACAGAUUAUAUUAGAAAAAUGAAGGAACUUGACAUGCUCAAUACCCAAGGUUCCCCAGAUUACUACCGAUCUUAUAUCGACGGAUUUCAGCUGUUUGGAACUAAGGUUUCAGAUGCGCAAUAGAAUAAUACUUAUUAUUAUAUUUUGUUUUCAACCAUUUUGGUUUUAUUGUACUUAAUUAUAUUAUUUCCCAGGGAUUUUCUUAUUUCAGAUUAAUAACUGUCCCUUAAUCUAUCUAUCUAUUUACUUUGCUUGUCUCUGUCUGUCCUUUUGUAUACAAUAAACGUCAAAACGGCUGAACCG